AUGUCUACACCACAGCUCGCCACAUUCAAGGUACCUGCAAUCGAAAAUGAACCUAUGCGAACCUAUGCUGCGGGGACAGUAGAGCGCAAGGGUCUCGAAGCUGCACUUGCUCAGAUGCAACAGGAACUUCCAUUCGAGGUUCCCUGUAUCGUCAAUGGCUCACCGAUCAAAACUGGUAAACUUGCCAAGCAGCCCAUACCCUCAGAUCACGCCCGUAAUCUCUGCGUAUACCACGAGGCAGAUGAAGCGACUGUAGCCAGCGCGAUUGAUGGUGCUCUUGCCGCCAAAGCUGAGUGGGAGGCCAUGCCUUGGAACGAUCGUGCCGCCAUCUUCCUGCGUGCUGCAGAGCUUGUUAGCGGCAAGUACCGUUACAAAUUGGUAGCAGCUACUAUGCUUGGUCAAGGCAAGAACGCUUGGCAGGCCGAGAUCGAUGCUGCCGCAGAGCUUUCCGAUUUCUUCCGGUUCGGCGUCAAAUAUGUUGAGGAACUCUACGCACAACAGCCUCCUAAGAACGCAGCAGGAUCAUGGAACCGCGUCGAGUAUCGUGCGCUGGAAGGAUUUGUUCUCGCAGUUUCGCCAUUCAACUUCACAGCGAUUGGUGGUAACCUUCCAGGUGUUCCCGCAAUCGUCGGUAACACAGUCGUAUGGAAACCUUCACCAGCGGCCACGUAUUCCAACUACUUGAUCUACCAGAUCCUCGCGGAGGCUGGUGUUCCAGCCGGCGUUAUCCAGUUCGUUCCUGGGCCUCCUCCAGAAGUCGUCGCACAGGCGAUAUCGCACCCCAACUUUGCAGCGCUCCACUUCACAGGCAGCACCUUUAUAUUCAAGAAGCUAUGGAAAGACAUCGCCGCAAACCUGGACAAGUACAAAGGGUAUCCGAGAAUCGUCGGUGAGACAGGAGGAAAGAACUUCCAUGUCAUCCAUAAGUCGGCAGAGAUCCGAAAUGCAGUUUUGCAGACCAUGCGAGGCGGGUUCGAGUAUCAAGGACAAAAAUGCUCUGCGUUGUCACGGCUAUAUGUUUCUUCUUCGCUUUGGUCAUCUGGAUUCAAAGAUCUGCUCCUGUCUGAGAUUGCCAAGAUCAAAAUCGGGUCACCAUCAGACUUCGGCAACUUUAUGGGACCCGUGAUAGGUCGUCCGGCUUAUGACAAAAUAAUUGGUUUCAUCCAGAAAGCCAAGGAUGCGGGAGGGGAGGUUCUUAUCGGAGGCACUGGCGAUGACUCCAAGGGCUACUUCAUACAGCCCACCGUCAUUCUGACCAAAGAUCCUGAAUCAGUCACGAUGAAAGAAGAAAUCUUUGGUCCUGUCAUCACUGUUUAUGUGUACGACGACGCGAAUUAUGAGCAGACUCUGGAACUCAUCGACAACACCUCGCCUUAUGCCCUGACCGGCUCUAUCUUUGCCGCAGACCGCAAAGCCCUUCUGACUGCCACAAACAAGCUACGGAACGCUGCCGGCAACGUCUAUUACAACGAGAAAUGCACCGGGGCGGUCGUGGGUCAGCAACCUUUUGGGGGAGGACGAGCAAGUGGGACCAACGACAAAGCUGGGAGCAUCAGCAUCUUCUACCGGUUUGUUUCGGCAAGAAGCAUAAAGGAGAACUUCGUGGGCCUGGAGGACUUCCAAUACCCGUCGAACUUGAUUUAA